UUGACAGCCUGCCUGACCAACUGGUUAAUAAAUCAGUUAGCCAUGGUUUCUGUUUCAACAUCCUGUGUGUGGGAGAAACUGGCCUUGGGAAAUCAACCUUGAUGGAUACCCUUUUCAACACCAAGUUUGAAGGCGAGCCAGCCUCUCAUUCACAGCCAGGAGUUCAGCUAAAAUCCAGUACUUACGACCUUCACGAAAGCAAUGUCCACUUGAAGCUGACCAUUGUUAGCACCGUGGGUUUUGGGGACCAGAUUAACAAAGAGGACAGUUAUAAGCCUAUAGUGGAGUUCAUUGAUGCCCAGUUUGAAGCUUAUCUGCAAGAAGAACUGAAAAUCAGGCGGGUUUUACACAGCUAUCAUGAUUCCCGGAUCCAUGCCUGCUUGUAUUUCAUUGCCCCCUCUGGCCACUCUUUGAAAUCUCUGGAUUUGGUAACAAUGAAGAAGCUGGACAGUAAGGUAGAUAUAAUUCCUAUUAUCGCCAAAUCGGAUGCCAUUUCCAAGAGUGAACUGACAAAAUUCAAAAUUAAGAUCACAAGUGAACUUGUCAGCAAUGGGGUGCAAAUCUACCAGUUCCCUACAGAUGAUGAGUCCGUUGCAGAAAUAAAUGGGACCAUGAACGCUCACUUACCGUUUGCAGUGAUUGGCAGCACAGAGGAAGUGAAGAUAGGGAAUAAAAUGAUGAAAGCGCGUCAGUAUCCCUGGGGGACAGUGCAGGUGGAAAAUGAAGCACACUGUGACUUUGUGAAGCUGAGAGAGAUGUUGAUUCGUGUCAACAUGGAGGAUCUCCGUGAGCAGACACACACGCGCCAUUAUGAGUUGUACCGGCGAUGUAAACUGGAAGAAAUGGGAUUUAAAGACACUGAUCCAGACAACAAACCAUUCAGCUUACAAGAAACAUAUGAGGCCAAAAGAAAUGAGUUCCUGGGAGAGCUGCAGAAAAAGGAAGAGGAAAUGAGGCAGAUGUUUGUCCAGAGAGUUAAGGAGAAGGAAGCAGAGCUCAAAGAGGCUGAAAAGGAGUUGCACGAGAAAUUUGAUCGCCUGAAGAAACUUCACCAGGAUGAAAAGAAGAAACUGGAGGACAAGAAGAAAUCACUGGAUGAUGAAGUCAAUGCAUUCAAGCAGAGGAAGACGGCAGCUGAAUUGCUCCAGUCUCAGGCCCAGCAAGCGGGAGGAUCGCAAACUCUGAAACGAGAAAAGGAGAGGAAAAAUUAACCCUGCUGUUUGCUGCAUGGUGCAUGAGGGUACACUGUGCUGUUCAGGUUUCCUGUAGAUCCUUUCCUUUUGCACCAGAAACGACCACCCCCACAUUUUGAGUUGUCCUGCAGUCCUGUCCUCUACAUGUUUGCCCAUCUCCUUCCAAUGCACCCUCUUGCUCUGUUUGCCAGUUUCCUAAACACAAAACCUCCCUCUUGACUGUUUUGGUGAAGAACUCGGCCGUAAUUUCUAUGGAGCCCAAUGAGAGAGGCUCCAAGUGCCUGUUGCUUACCAGAAGCUUGCAGGACUAAUGUCCUAAGACACUGUAUACCAACAGCACAUGAAUGCAUUGAUGUGUGUGUGUGCACGCACGCAUGGCAAAACUGCAUGUUUGCUUACCGGUUGUACCUCAUGCUGUGACACCUGAGCCCUGUUGUGGAUUCUCUUGUUAAGGCAAACGAGUUAUGCAUACAGCUUCUUUUUGUUUGUUUUUAAAGAAGUUGAAUAGGGUUCAUCUUCAGUAUUGUUUUAUUCAUAUUUAAGUUACUUUUUACUGCUGCAGAACUUGCCACAGUGGCAGGCAUUAUAGCGGCUGGAAGCAAACCUCUUAGGGAUUUUCAGUACUUCUCUCUUUACAACAGGAGAGGGUGGGGAACCUUCCAGCUGAGGAUUCAAAGCAUAUUGAUUUCUUUUUUUAAAUUUUGUUCCAAUUGCUGCAAAAUGUAGCUAAAAUGCUCCUUCAUCCAUUUGGGUGCUUGCUGUGAUUCAGUUAACUCGUGCAGGCAUAGGACAUCAUAACACAUAUAUAUAGGACUCCCCAGCCUACCAGAUCUCCCUGGUGUACCUUGGUGGUAGGGACAGCUAUAUAUGUGCAAAGGGAUGUGGGCAGAAAGCUCCACCAUCAUGUGAAAGGGGAAGUUUGUGCAGGGGUUCUGUGCGGAUGCUGGAAUUCAAUUGAGGUGCUAGAUUUGGGGCACUGGGACAGUUUUUGGCUUCAUAUCCCUGCUUAUAUGCCAGAAGAACUGGGAAUCAUGAAAAUAAUUGACAGCCUGGUUCCAUGACUAGAAAUUCAGUCUAAAUGCAUUUUACAUCCAGUUUCAGUAGACACAUGUCCACAGCCUAAGUUUAUGACCUGGUUUUUACUGAGAUGGUAAACUUGUAUUUGGGCUGUACCACUGUAGAUUUCAUCGGGGGGCUCCCACAAGCAAAUAAAUAAAUAAAUCCCCUACCUAUAGAAAACUCCCAUUUUAAAGAGAAGGUAGAACUAGUUUUCUUUGCAGACGGAAUUUUCCAUUUCCAUUUCAUUUAUUAGCUUCAUUGACCCGAGGUCUUAAGCCAAACAUACAAACACAGGGGGAAUUUUUAGUAGGAAGGGUCAUUCCAUUAUGUUGGCUCCCACCUGCAGUCUAAAGCGAUACAGCCUAGAAUAUCAUCUCAAUAAGAACUGGAUUUACUCUUAAGCACGUUUACUAUGAAAUAAGUCCCAUUGAAUUCACUUGCUUUGUAGCAAGCAUAGUUAGGAUGGCAGCUUUAAUUGAACAAAGUUCCAAAUGAAUGUGCCACUCUAAAUCUCUUUAGCAGCAGUUAAACUUCUUCAUUACAGUGGAACUUUCUUCCAAGGUAGUAUUGCAGGAUCAUCCUCUUAAAUCUGAUUAAAUUUAAGUAUUUCUUGGGAGUAUUAGUGAAGAGCCAGUUGCCUCUUACAAAUAUGGGUUUGGAUCCUACUAGCUUUUCUGCUGGUGAAAGAAAGGGAAGGGGCCUUUUGACUAAUGCAAAGGCUGUGCCAGGAAAUGUAGGGCCAAAAUGGACAAAUGUCACAAGGAUGGGAGCUGAAGUAGAGGGAGGUUGGGUGACAUUGAGUGGAAUAGUUGAUAGGAUCCAGCCCAUUAUCUCAUAUUACUGGGAUCUUUUUAAUAUAAGUAUAGCUGAUUAGGAAAAUGGUAAGUAUUUUUUCUUCACAAAGGUGGAAAGAAACCCCAUGGAGCGUUUAAAAAUAUUUUUUAUUUCAAAUUAAAACAUUUUUUGUUUUA